AUGAGCAGGGUUGGAGGCACUCUUUCUGCGCAGACUACUUCCGACGACCACACCGAUGUGGAUAAGCAGAUUGAGUUGGAGGCGUCCAAUUCGAUCAAAUAUAGGACGUGCUCGUGGCAGAAGACUGCUGCCCUGCUCUUCUCCGAGUACAUUUUUCCGGGUAUUAUUGUGACCGUCGCCGUUGCAGCUACCGUGCUGUACACCUCCUUAGUCUUAUGGGAAUUCUGUAUGCGACAUCCUGAGGUUCGAGAUGUGUGUGACGUAGGCCAGAUGCUCUACUGGAAUUGGCGCUGGGUCUGGUACUUCACUGCGGUUAUGUUCCUACUCAAUAACACCUUCAUUCAAGGUCUUCACGUCUUGAUCGGUGCGGAGUAUUUAAACACCAUGACAAACGGCGCGGUCUGCACAGUGGGUUACUCAGCGAUAACUGCAGUGAUCGCAUUCUUCUGCUCAUUACCGAGGACGUUCGACACCCUUUCCAAGCUCGCUACUGCCUCAGCAUUCUUCACUUUCAUCUCCGUUCUCCUGGCCUCCAUCUUUGCCGGUAUCGAGGACCACCCCGAAGGUUACAACACACCAGGUGGCGGCAAAACGGGCCUGUUGACAGGAGAACCAAUCGUGCUCACCGUCGCAAAGAGCGGAACUCCCUUCGUUCAGGGAAUGUUAGCUUUCCUGAACAUUUCGUAUACUUUCAUCGGCCAAAUCACGCUCCCCAGUUUCAUCGCCGAGAUGAAAGAACCCAAGGACUUCCCCAAGGCCUUGUGGGCAGUCACGAUCGCAGAAAUCAUCCUGUUCAGCGUCUCAGGCGGAGUUAUCUACGCCUAUACUGGAACCCAAUACAACACCGCUCCCGCUUUUGGCUCCCUCGGCAACGCACUUUACAAGAAGGUCUCAUUCUCCUUCAUGAUCCCCACCUUGAUCUUCUUGGGCGUUCUCUACGCUUCCGUAUCCGCGCGAUUCCUCUUCUUCCGGAUAUUCGAGGGCACGCGCCAUAAGGGCAGCCACACGGUCGUUGGCUGGGCCAGCUGGGCAGGUAUCUUGGCUGUGACCUGGAUUUUUGCCUUCAUCGUGGCAGAAGUCAUCCCUUUCUUCAACGAUCUGCUUGCCUUGAUGAGCUCGCUCUUCGACUGCUGGUUCGGCUACGUUUUCUGGGGGACUGCGUACUUCAGGAUGCGAUCUGCUGACUACGGUCCUGGGUUCAUGACACGUAGAGGGUUCAGGGGUAUCGCGGGGGCUGUGACGAAUGUGUUCAUCAUUGGGAUUGGUAUCUAUAUGUUGAGUGCGGGCACAUAUAGCACGGUGCAGAGUAUCAUCGAUAGCUACGCUGCCGGUACCGUGAAGGGUGUUUUUACUUCCCCCGCUCUUCGGCGCUACAACAGCACAGCUCCCACACCACCGACACCCUCCCCAAACGCCGACGACGCCUCCCUCCCCUCCGGCCAGCUACGGCACACAGACCUCCACGCCUUGCACGUCCAAAAGGGCGGUAAAAUGGUUCCCUUCGGCGGGUACAGCAUGCCCGUGCAAUACAGCGAUCUCAGUGUCAGCGAAUCCCAUAAAUGGACCAGAUCAGAGGGAAAAUGCAGUUUAUUCGACGUGGGACAUAUGGUGCAGCACCAUUUCUCCGGCGUUGGUGCGGCGGGGUUUUUGGAACGUGUGACGCCUUCUGCAUUGACGGGGUUGGCGCAGAACACGAGUACGCUGAGUUGUCUCUUGUUAGAGUAUACGGGCGGUAUUGUGGAUGAUUGUGUGGUGACGCGCCUCGGGCCAGAGCUUUUUUAUGUGGUCACGAAUGCGGGGUGUAGGGAUAAAGAUCUGACGUAUUUGAAGGAGCAGUUGGCUGUGUGGAGGGGCGAGGGCGCGGGGAUUGGGGGAGGCGGGAAGGUUAUGGGUGCGAAAGGCGUGGGGGAGGUGAAGUGGGUGAUUAGGGAUGGGUGGGGAUUGGUGGCGCUCCAGGGGCCGGGGAGUAAGACUGUUUUGGGGGAUGUGUUGCAGAAGUUGGGGAGGGAGGGGGAGGCGGCGGGAUUGGAGGAACUGUAUUUUGGGCAGUGUUUGGGCAUUGAUGUUGGGGGGCUUUGGGAGGAUGUUACGCCUGUUGAAGGGGGCUUGGGGUGGGUUGUUGCGAAGGAACGGAGAGGGACGGGGGGGUUUCAUGGGCAUGAAACUAUUUCUAGGCAGUUACGGCCUGUGAAGGAGGGAGGUGGGGUGGAGAAGAGGAGGGUGGGCUUGGUUGUUGAGGGGGCUCCGGCGAGGGAAGGGGCGGAUGUGCUAGGUGAGGGGGGAGAGGUGGUCGGGAGUGUGACGAGUGGGUGCCCGAGUCCGAGUUUGGGGAAGAACAUUGCUAUGGCAUAUGUGAAGACGGGGAGUCAUAAGUCGGGCACGAAGUUGAGAGUGAAGGUUAGAGGGAAGGAGAGGCAGGCGGAGGUUGUGAAGAUGCCUUUCUUGCCGAGUAAGUAUUGGAAGAAAAUUACGGGGACUGCUCCUGCUUGA